GAAUUUGGAUCAGGCUUCGUGAUUGGUCACACUUAUUUUUGAAGUUUUCACGAGCGUUUUUAGUAGUUGUUUUAAUAUUUCUUCUAGAAACAGUCUUUAAAACUUAUUAAGACCAUGAGUAAAUUCAAGGAUGACAGUAAUCAGAAUAUUAACGUCUUCGUCAGAUGCAGACCACUCAGUGAGUCUGAGAAGAAAAAUGGCCAAUAUAGUAUCGUUCAAAGUAAUCCAGAGAAACGUGAGAUUGUUGUCAAAGAGAAAUCUGGCUAUAUGUCCACUACAAAAACCUUUAGCUUUGACCGCGUUUUCUCGCCAAAGGCUAAGCAGAUUGAAGUGUAUAAAGCGGUUGUUCAACCACUUUUGGACGAAAUUCUUUUAGGUUACAAUUGCACUGUUUUUGCUUAUGGACAAACUGGAACAGGAAAGACAUUUACAAUGGAAGGUGACCGAUCGAACGACCCAUCUCUGAGCUGGGAAAAUGACCCUUUGGCUGGUAUUAUUCCAAGAUCAAUGUCUCAACUGUUCUCAAGAUUACACAGUCAAAGCUUUGAAUUUACCGUUAGAGUAUCGUAUUUAGAAAUUUAUAACGAAGAGUUAAUAGAUCUCUUAGGUGGUCAAACAGCUGUUCCACCACGUCUUAAAAUAUAUGAAAGUUCUGAUAAAAAGGGAUCGUGUAAAAUUCAAGGAUUGGAGGAAGCUCAUGUGAGAGAUAAGCAUGACGUUUAUCGAAUUCUUGAACUCGGUUCAGCUAAACGGCAAACAGCAGCUACUAAUUUAAAUGCCCACUCAAGUCGUUCACAUACACUUUUCAUGGUAACUGUUCAUAUGAAGGAGUCAACUAUAGAAGGUCAAGAACUUGUUAAAGUGGGAAAGUUGAAUUUGGUUGAUUUAGCUGGAUCUGAAUGUGUCGGUAGAUCUGGUGCUGUUGCGAAUAGAGCUAGAGAAGCGGGAAAUAUCAAUCAAUCUCUACUAACUCUUGGUCGCGUAAUAACGUCAUUGGUAGAACAUGCUCCUCAUGUUCCUUAUAGAGAAAGUAAACUUACAAGACUUCUCAGAGAUUCAUUGGGAGGUAGGACAAAAACUUCUAUUAUAGCAACACUUACCCCAGCUUCCGGAAAUCUAGAGGAAACAUUAAAUACGUUAGACUAUGCUCAUCGUGCUAAAAAUGUUAUGAAUAAACCUGAAAUAAACCAAAAAGUUCAACAAAAAGUGUGCCUUCGAGCAUACGGAGAUGAGAUUGAGCGUCUUCGGAAAGAUUUGCAAGCAGCUAGAGACAAAAAUGGUGUAUUUAUUGAAGAAGAAAAUUAUCAGGCUAUGAUUGCUGACGGGCAUCAUAAAAGUGAGCAUAUAAGAGAAUUAGAAGAAAAGCUACAAUUUAUAAUUGAUGAGAAAAUUAAGUUUGAGGAACUAUUUUUGGAAAAAGAAGAACGUUUAGAGGAAGAGAAAGAACAUCACGCCGAAACGAAAGAUCGUCUAGAUAAGAUGGAAGAUGUAGCGUUUCAGGCUAAAGUCUCUAUCGCUAGAACUAGAGCUGAUAGAUGUGCAAAGAAUCAUUUAGUGGAAAAGCAAGUCGAUACGGAAACAAAAUUAACCGAAGAGGCCAAAAAAGUUAUGAAUACUGCUGAUGAAUCCGUAUCAGAUGUACAAAAGCUUCAAGAUAAGGUUGAUAGAACAAAGAAAACGGAAUCUACGAAUGCUGAUAAUGCAGAUAUGUUUAUGCAAAAAAUAUCUACAACUUGUACAGAGAUGCAAGAACGCUUCAACGGUCUCUAUAAUAAUCACGAUUCGGAGAUUAAACAGUGUUUUGAACUUACUGCUUCUCUUAGCGAAUCCAAUAAAAGAAAUUUUGAAGAUUUGAGUGCAAAUCUUAAAGAUUUUAUAAGUCGAUCAGCCGAAAAUCAUUCUUCUCACAUGGGUAAACUAGAGGAAAUAAAGAAAACUUGCACGGAUUCUUCUAACAAGCAAAUGAUAGAAAUAGAAACCGCUUUAAAAGAGGAAAUGGAAAAAGCAACCACUCAAUGGAAUCAAGUUAUGGAAAAUUUUGAAGAUUUAUCAGAAAGAUUAGAUGUACAAAUAAACAAGUUUAGCAAAUUAUCUGAAAAACUAUUAAAACAGAACGAUGAGAUAAAGACUACUCAAAAAGACCAAAAAUGGCAAUUUGAUGACCUUUUAAUGGAUACAAAAUUUAAAUUGGAAGAGACUGUAAAGAAUUUUGUAUCGACUGUCGAUAAACACGGAAAAACAGCUAAGGAUAUUCAUGAGCAACGAAAGCAAGUUGAUGAGGAAGUUUCUCAGUUGAAUAAUCAAGUAGAAGAAGAUUACAAUAAUAUUAAGAAGAUGUUGAAUGAUUUACAAGCUAAAGUGGAUGCGAAACAUAAUCAAUUUAAGAAAGCUUCAGAUAAUAUCGAUAGUAAGACUAAGAUUUUGAACGAUUACACCGCUGAGGCAUGUGAGCGCUUUGAAGAAACGAAAAAUAGUUUUACAACAAUGGGAGAAGAAAAUGUUGAGAACGUUGUUGAUCUAAAAUCUCUUCGAGGAGAGCACAGCGAAAAGAUCGAUAGAAUACGCAAUAAUCACUUUGAAGAGAAUGCGGAAUAUCUUGAAAGAAUUACAGCAGGAAUAAGUAAUAUUGGAAUUAACAUUACGAAAGAAAGAAAGAACUUACGAAGAAUUACCGAUAAUCGAAAUAAGUUCCAAGAGGAACAGUUGGAAAAGGAAAAAUCACUACAAGCUAUGUUUUUGGAUAAUAUUGAUAAAACAAUUACAAACGGAUUGGAAGAUGAGACGACACGCAAUGAUGAGGCUAAUAAGCAUAUAGACGAUAUUAAACUAAAUGUUUCUAAACAUUAUACGACAACGAAAGAUAAAUUAAAGAAUUUUGAUGAAUCACUUCAAGAUUGUAAAAAACAUUGCGAUGGUAUGUCAAAAGAAACAAACGACUUUUGCAAUGACCAAUCAAAUAUUGCCGAUAGAUUUGUUUCUGAACUACAGAGGACAGUACCUACUGGGGAAACGCCAGUUCGUAAACAAUAUACAUAUCCAAGAGUUUUCUCACAAACAGACAGUCAUGGAACUAUUAUUGAAGAAUUUAGAAGUGUUUAUGAUAAAAUGACACUUCCUAAAGAAUUACCAAAAGCCGAUAAAUCAGAUAUUUUAGAGCCUGUUUUAAAGGAUGACAUUGAAGAGCCAGAGAUUAUAUCAAAAUUUGAAUUGGAAGAUCCUGAAGAAACUGAAGUCAGCUCAACUAAAUCUGAAGAAAGUGAAGCGAGUAGAACAUCCAGUCUUGCGAGUAUGGAAAGCACUAAGGAAAACUUGGCUCCGGAUGAUAAUGAAGUUUUCGUUAAGCCAACGAGCAUUAAGCGAACAGCAUCUAUCAAAUCAAAAUCUAGAGUAAAAACACCCAGUCUGGAGCGAAAGAAGGCACCCCUAAGAUCGAACUCAAAGAAAACCUAA